UUAUUCCAUACCUGCUCUGUAAUCUUCAAAGUGUUUCUUCACUUUUCGAUGGAUUCUUCUAUUGCUAUGACACAAUCACCAGCUCUUUCUCCAAAUGAUGUGUUUUUGAAUUUUAGAGGAGAGGAUACGGAUCCAACUUCACCGGUCAUCUUGACAUGGCCUUGCGGCAAAAGGGAGUCAACGUCUUCAUUGAUGACAAGUUCAACAGGGGAGAACCUACUCCAUGAGAUAUUAAAGGAAGAUUUAAAGUUUGGCAAUCUUGACAAAGGAAUCAACAUCAUAAGGCAUAGACUGCGUUCAAAGAAAGUUCUUAUAGCGGUUGAUGAUGUGGAUAAGCUUGAGCCGCUAGAAGCAUUGGUUAGUGGGCGUGAUUGGUUUGGCCCUGGUAGUGUAAUCAUUGUGACAACAAGAAACCAUCAUUUACUUUCUAUCCAUGAAUUUGAUAAAAAAGUAUGGUAUUCGAAGAAUGAAUCAUGA